CCUUCUUCAUUAUGCCACGAACAUUCAUUGCCGAGCUCUUCUUCCCUUACGACUGGACGCGGACGGCGCUAGGCGUGCUGCACAAGUACCCUAAUCCGUACGCAACCCACGUCGUCUCGAUGGACACCAUUUCACAAGAUUACGAUGAGCCGUCAGGUCGAGUGAGAUUAGAGCGCGUGCUGGGAGUACGCCAGGGGGCGCCGAGAUGGGUAGUCAAGCUCCUCAACCUCUCGGAAGACACAUACGUCCGAGAGAUCAUGAUCGUCGACCGUUCAGCCCAAUCAAUUGAGAUGACAUCGACCAACUUGACGCUGAGCGAGUACCUCCUAGUCAAGGAGUACAUCACCUACAAGCCCUCCGCUGCCUCCUCUACGCCCAACUCGACGACAUUCAGACAAGUCGCGAGUAUAGAGAGCAGCCGUGAAGCUUUUGGAACGGGCAUACUGGCAAAGGCUGGGAGGAAGCUGGAGGACUCGAGCUACGAUAGGUUCGGGAGUAAUGCGCAUAAGGGCAGGGAUGGGUUGAUGGCUGUAUUGAAAGGGAUGUGGGGAGAGCCAGCGGCGACUGCAGGUGCAGUGGCGUAGCUUGAAAGGCAAACGUGAUGAUGUCUGUAUAUUUGUUGGUGGUGAUAGGUCCCCGCCUGCGAUGGCGAUGAAUGAUACCAGGUUCAACCCUUGCCCGAGCAUGCCUGUCGUUCGCCCUCUGCUCCCCGUCUCCACCUCCCUUCUAUCUCGCUCUCACGUCCCGUCUACGCAGCCAAAUGCUCCCUCAAGCUCUUGCUCCACUCAUCCUCGGCAUCA